AUGGGCCAGUCCAAGCAAAAGAACUCUUCCAAGAGCGCAGAGAAGCACCCCGCGACGGAGAAACGACGACGCCAGCUCCGUCUCGCGCAGCAAGCGUUCCGAAAACGCAAAGACACUGCCAUAGCUGAUCUACAGAAGCAGGUGGAUGAACUGCAGAGCGGAAUCGAUGGUCUGAGCAGCUCCUUUCUCUCCUUUAGUGAGCUCCUCUUGAAGGACGAGCAGCUCGGGCACUCCGCCCCCGUCGCGCAAUCGCUUUGGAGCUUGUCGCAACAGUUUGUAGCGCUGGCUAAAAGGGCCAGAGAUGAAGACAAGGAAGACAAUGAUGUACAUGUCGGCAUCUCCGCACAAAAUCCCGAGAAAAAAGAUCAUUAUCUGCAUUAUCUCGAGCGAUUCCUCCAGCCACAUUAUAUUUCCCACUCCCUUUCCCCAGUCCCAUCUCCACCGUUGGAUCUGGAUGCCCACCUAAACCCAACCUGGUCCUUCGCACAACACCUCGUGCUAGCAUGCUUCCAAAACGCACAGAACCUCCUCCUGCGAUCUCCAAGAACCAGCCUCAAAGUCCAAGAAGUCUUCGGCACGGUGUUCUCCGCCUCGGAAAGAAAUCGAACCAUCACCUUGUUCCAGGAGAUUCUAGCCGAUAUCACGGGCCAUGCUGCCGCACUGCGCACGAACAUACUUACUCUCUUGCAGCAGGAAAGCAGUCCCGAUCACCCUGUUUUAUUUGAGGGAUCGCCUUCCAUGGCGCGAUUGCAUAGUCCAGAAUAUCUGCAAGAAAAAUGGGUGGAUGCCUAUGGAGUACAACGGAUUCUGUUGAAGAGUGGGUUAUUGUUGGCCGGGAUUGAUCAUGGUCCUUUUAUUCAGCGUAGGUUGUUGCAAUGCCAUUCUGUUGGUGGUGCUGACGAUUCCAAGGUCUUUCAAUGA